AUGAAAAGAGUUUAAAAUAAUAACUAAAGUCAAGUAUUUACAAUCAAAUCUAUUGUCAAAAAAAAUUAAAGAAUUAUUCAAGCUGAGCUUAACUAAAUUUUAGAAUCGAAUAGAUAAGUCUUAUAAAAUAUUUCUGCAAAUUAAUUCUUAUUAUUAUGGUUUGAAUAAAAUGCCGAGGAGAGAUCAAAAUAUAUAUUAUCAGGCCAAGAAGAAAUGUUCAAUUUCUAACAAAAAGAAUCAAAAUCCAACUUAAAAAAUGAAAUUCAAGUUUUGAAGGCUGCUAAAUUUUUAGAUGAAGCUAAUUGGCACUAUAAAAUUACAAGUAUGAUAAAAUUAAUAGAUUAGAUAAAUUUUCCUAAACUUUAUAUUCUAAAUAAUAACAUUCUUUAAGAGUAUUGGCAUAUUUAAAAACUAUUCUUUAAGGUUAUUUUUCUAUGAUUGAUUAAGGGAUAAUUACAACAGUUAUAGAUAUAGAACCUUUAUCAAUUAUGCAAGCAUACUUUUAAACAAAAACAGAUGAAGGAUUUACAUUUUUUUGGGAAGUAGCUAUUGAUUAAAUUCCUAAAUUAAUUUGUUAAAACAAGUUGAAUAUUAAUUAAAUUGUUGGUUUUAAUUUUAUACAUACAAUUACUUUUAUUGAUAUUAAAUUUGAGGCUAAUUUUGAUAAAGAUACUAAAUUUAUUAUUUAAAAUUAUCAUAUUGAAACUAAAAACUCAAUUUUUAGGAGAGGUAUUGAUAAUUAAAUACUUUAAGAAAUUUAAGAAGAAAAUUUAAACAAUAUAAAUAAAGAGUAUUUGUUUAUAAAAUCAAAAAAUAAUAAUAAUUAAUAUUGGGAAUUAGCUUACAAUUUGAGAAAAAAUUAAAUUAUCAAAUGGUUAAGUCAUAAAAUUUUACCAAAAUUUUUAACUAAAUAAGAAUAAGAUUUUUUUGAAUUUGAUUUAUCUUCCUAAUAAUGGAUAAAUAAAAGCCUUAAUUAUAAAUCAGGAUUAGAAGAAAAUUUAGAACAAUAACAAUAGUUAAAAAAUGAUAUAAUUUAAAAAUUAGCUGAUUUUAGUUCUUCAUCUAAAUUAGUAGAAUUUUUAUAAAAAAUUCCAAAUUUCACUAUAAAACUAACUGAUGAAUAAAAGUAAAUUAUUGGAAAAGAAGGUAAAGUAAUUUUUACUGGUAGAAGUGGGACAGGAAAAACUACAUGUUUAAUUCUUAGACUAUUAGCCAUGUAAUAUCUUUUUAAACUAAGAUUAUAAAUUUAAUUGGGAAAAAAUCCUUAAUUAAAAGCUAAUGAUUUGUUCAUAAGUUGUGUAUUUGUAAGUAGCAGUCAUAUUUAAUCAGUCUUAGCUAAAAACUAUUAUAAAAAAUUGAAUUAUUAAAUUUAAUCAUAGCUGGAUAAAAAACAAUCGAAAUUUAACAAUUAAUUUUGUUCACAGACAUAAGAUUUUAAGAUAGAUAGCAAUAAUUAUAAUUAAAAACAUUUUGACUCUUUUUAUGAUGUAAUUUAGGAAGAUUACCCUUUGUUUCUUACAAUUAAAUAAUUGAUUUUUAUGAUAGAUGCCUCUCUCAAUUAACCGUUCUUUUCAUAAAAUUAAACUAAAGAAUAGUACUUUGAUCAUAAUUUUUCAAUAUAUAAUAGCUACUAUGAUAUUUCUUUUUAACAUUUUUAAAAAUAUUAAUAAAAUAAUUUGUUUCUACAUCAUGAAAUAGAUUUAGAAAAUUAAAUAAAUUUUGAAGAUUUGAUAAAAUAAAAAUUGCAGGAAUAAAUUAAAUAAGUGGAUAAUUAACAAAAAAUGAACAUGAAUAUGUAAAAAGAGGUAGAUUUCAGAUUUUUUUUAAAUAAUUUUUGGCUUAAAAAAUGUAGUAAUAUUCAUCUCAAUCCAUAUUUUGUUUGGACAUAAAUUUAUUCUCAUAUAAAAGGAUCUUGUAAUUCUCAUGAAUAUCCUGGACAUAGUAUUCCUUAAAUAACAUUUUUACAUCAUCAUAGUAAUAAGAAAGAAUUCAAAAUGGUUUAUGAAAUUUUCAUUUAAUAUGAAAAAUGGAGAAUUUGUGAAGGAUAUUUUGAUUUACUGGAUAUAGUUAAUCAUAUUUUAGUUUAAAUUAAAUAAGAGGAUUUAUCUAAAAAUCUAAUUCAUUAUUUAUUUCUAGAUGAAAUUUAGGAUUUACCAGAAGCAUUAAUAUUAUUAUUUGAAAAAAUUUCAAUUUUAGGAACACUCUAUAGUGGUGAUACAGCUUAAAACAUAUGUAAAGGUGUUGGAUUUAGAUUUUUAACGAUACAAGAUUAUAAAAAAAUAAUAGAAUCAAAAGAUGAUUAUAAUUAUUAUUAAUCAAAGGAAACUCUUUAAAUUUUAAAUUAAAAUUUUCGAUCAAAUUUUAGAAUUCUAAAUUUAGCAAAUUCAAUUGUUUCUUUGAUUGAAAUUUAUUUUCCAAAAACAAUAGAUUUUCUUAAAAAAUAAUCAUCUAAUUUUGAAGGUUUUAAACCAAUAAUUGUUAAUGGAAGCUUAGAUUUAUUAUUUUAUCUAUUUGAAGGAAUUAUAAAUCUUGUAAAUUCUUAAGAAAUAUAAAAAUUACCAUUAGAAUUAGGGUAACAUUCAGUUAUAAUUGUUAAAAAUUAGGAAUCUAAAAAAAAUGUUCCUAAACUAUUUUAACAUAUUUUAGUUUUAUCAAUUGAAGAAAUAAAAGGAUUGGAAUUUGAGAAUGUGAUUCUUUAUAAUUUCUUUAAUGAUGAUUAUAUUGGUGAAUUAGAAUGGAAAUUAUUAUAAACAUGUGAAAUUAUAGAUGAGGAAAUAAAUAGAUAAACAUUCAUGAAAAGUUAAACUAGAGAAUCAACGAUUGAUUAUUAUACUUCUUAUUUUACUGGGUUUGAUGAUAAAAAUGGAAAUGUUAUAAUUAAAAGAAUGAUUUCAUACAUAAAAUAUUAAGAUGAAUUAUCGUAUAAUAACAGUGGAUUAUGCAAUGAACUUAAAUAAUUAUAUAUUGCAAUAACAAGAGCUAGAAAAUUCUUAUAUAUUUUCGAUGAAAAACCAUAAACAAGAAAAUGGAUAGAAACAAUUUGGAAAAAUCUUGAUUUAGUUUAAAUUCUUAAUUAUCCAGACUUCAAUCAUUAAAAUUUUUAAGAGCAUUUUUAAAUAAAAUCUAAAGACCUUUGGAAAGAACAAGGCAUAUUUAUGUAUUAAGAAAAAUUCUAUGAAUAAGCUGAAAAAUGUUUUUAAUUUAGUGAAUAUUAAAAUUUAUAGAAUAAAACGAAAGCACUCUAAUUAUCAAUUGAAGCUUGCCAAUCACUUUUAUCUUACUAAUAAUCAUAAAAAUACCCAAAAUUAAAGUAACAAAUAGCUGAAUUUAAAUAAUAGUAUAUGAAUUAAUUUUUUAAAGCUGCAGAAUUAUUUUAUCAUUCUGAAAAUUUGAAAUAGGCAGCUUUAUGUUAUAGUUUUUCCGAAUAAUAUGAAAAAGCAUUGGAAAUAUAUGAUAGACUUGAACUAUUUUAUCAAGCAGGAGAAGCAGCUUAUUAAUGUCAAAAAUAUAUUGAAGCAGCUAAAUAUUUUUUAAAAUGUAAAGACUUUUUAAAAACCAUAGAUUCAUAUGAAAAAGCAAAUGAAUUUGAAAAAAUUUUGGAAGUUCUUUAUAAAUAAAAAGAUUAAAUAAAUAAUGUUAUUCGAACACAAUUUUUCAAUUAGUAUUUUCCAAUUUUAUUAAAAAAAUUGACAAUUGAAGUUGAAAAUUAAUUUACAAAUGAUAACCAGAUAGAUAAUUUAGAAUAUUUAAUAAAAUAUUUUAUUAAUUCUCAAAAAAUAAUUGAAGAAAUUAUGGAUUUUACCCACCAUAAAUAUGAGUCUUAAACCCUUUAAAAUUAAUAAAUUAUAAAUGUAAAUAAACUAGAAUUAAAAUCUUAGUAAGAUGAAUAGAAUAGUAAACCCGAUUUCUAUAAAAAGUCAUUUUUAUAAUAAGAAUAGAGAUAUUUUCCUUCUACGAUAAAAGAUAAAAAUUAAGUAUAACCAAAAAUUUAAUAAAUAAAUUUUAGUUCUAAAAGUAAAAUUUAAGAUUUAGUAAUCAAAAAAUUAUUAUAAUAUAUAAUAAUGUUUUAAGAUGAAUUUUCAAAGUCAUUAUUGAAAAAUUAUGAUAAUAAAUUAGAAUAAUAGUCAGUAACAGAUUAUUUAAACUAAUAAGUAGAUCAAAGUGCUGAAUUAUAAAUAGAUCCUGUUUUAGUAGAUAAGAAAUUAAUUUUAUGGUUACUAGAUAUAUUAGAUCAAUUUUAAAAUUUUAUAUUAUGUAUAUUGAUAUGCGAUAUGUAUAGCCUAUAAAAUCAAAUGAUUAAAUAUUUGAUUAAAAUUGCAGUAAAUCUAUCUCCAUUAUUAUAAUAACAAUGCCCUUAAAAUAUUCUAAACUUGAAUAAUUUAGAAUAAAUGUAAAUAUUAAAAAAAAGAGGGUAGGUAGCUUCUUUUACUCUUUAACAAAUAUUUUAAAUAAUUGACUUUAAUUUUUUAAAUUUAAAAUUUGAUUCAGCAGACUUAAUUCCUGAGAAAUCUUUAGAUAAUGAAAUUUAUGCUUAAUUAAUCCUACUAGGUUAUUGGAAAAAAGUAAUUUACUUAAUAGAUAUUCAGAAUUCAUUAUCUAUUUGCAAAUUAUUUAUGGAUUAUAAAAGCUGGAAAUGUAUCUAUUGGAUGAACUCUAUCUACUCACUUGAAAAAAUAAUAUAAUCUAAUAAUAAUAUUGAUGUUAAAUAUAAGAAUUCAAUAUUAGGCAAAUAAUAAUCAGCAAAAUAGAAUUUGAAUUUAUCUUUUGAAAAUAGAUUUGAAUUAUUUGAAAAAUUAAAUUUUGACCAUCCUUUAACUGGAUUAGAAAUUUAGUAUAUUCUCAUCUUACUAGAAUAAUAUUAUGAUUAAUAAAUAAUAUAAUUAAUCCUUGAUUAUAAAAUACCAUAAUGGUUGUAUUUUAAGUAACAUUCUUAAACCCUGAAUAAUAUGGAAAAAAAUGAAAUAAAUAAAUAAUGGAAAGCACCUCCAAUUUUUCAUUUAAGUUAGAACAUUUUUGAUAGUAUUUUUGCAGAAGCGAAAUUAAAAUAGGAAAUUAUUAAUGAAAUCAUUCUAAAAUUGGAAAUUUAAAAUCUAAUUUUGGAUGAAUUAUCAUUAUUUUAAUCAGUUUAUUUGAUCUUAUUUUAUUGUUAAUAAAUUGUACAUAAUAAAUCAUUUUAAAUAAUAAAUAGGAUAGAAGAUAUUGAUGGUAAACUUUAUUGUAAAUUAAUUGAAUCCUUAAUUUUCAUCAUUAGAGUUAUAAACACCAAUUAAGAUUAACUAUAGAAAUAACGCUAAAUAGUAAUUAGAAGUGUUCUAAGUUAUUUUAAAAUUAGACAACCAGAUAACAUUAUGUUACUUUAACCAUUUUUUAAUUCUUUAUUAAUUCAUACUUCGUCUAUUAUUCUAGAAGAAAUAGUUCAAUAAACACUAUAAAAUAUCGAAAAUAAAGAAUUUCAAAAUAAUAUUUUUUUUGCAGAUAUCGAUUUAAAUUUCGUGAUUGCACCGAAAGAGCUAGUAAUUAAAACUAUUACUAAGAAAAUCUUUUAAGAGAUUUUAGAUUUAAAUAUUGUUCGAAAAAAAUUCAUGGAUAAUUACAAUCUUAAAUACUCAAAUUCUUUCUAAAAUUAUUUUGAUUCACUAAAUGUUUGUUAUUAUUUUCAAAUCCAUAAUAAGUAUUGGUAGAAUAUCUAUUUAAAAGAUAAUUAAUCUCGCUGUUAAGAGCAUAAAUAAUUAUUUUAAGAACUUUAAAAUUAUCAGAGAUUGCUAUUUUUAAAAUCAAAAAACAAAGAAUUUAAUAAAGGGAAUGGCUUUCUGAAACUCUUGCUAAAAAAUUCUUAAAUACAGUGUAACUCCAAAUAGUAAAAAUUUUUUAUUAAUUAUGAAGGACUAAACAAAUUAUCAAAGCAAUAUAACAAUUAAAAAGAUUUACAUGGCUCAAUUAUUAAAUCUAUAAUCUUAUUAAAUUAUUCUAAUUCCAAUCAUCUAACUUAUAUAUAUUUAACUAAUAAAAUCUAAUAGGGCUUUGGAAAUUAAUUUGGAAAAUAUUUUGACUUUUUUUAAUUAACAUUAUAUAAGAAGUGGAACAUGAUAGACAGCGCUACUGAUUUUUUUAUAAAAUACUUAUAACUAACUUAAGAUAUAACUCAGGAGGAAUUAAUUUAUAAUCUUAUUUCUUUGUUCAUUUAUAAUAUUAUUGGAAUCAAAUUAAACAUCAUAGAUAAAUGUUCAAUAUAUAUUCCAAGAUCAUAUAGUAUCUAUUUUAAUCAAAUUAUUUAGACAAAUGAAAAUAAACUUUAUCAAGAAACAAACUUUUAUCCUGUUAAAUCAUGGGAUAAUCUUUUAUAUAUUUUUAAAAAAUUAAUCAGUUUUAGUAAAAUUAAUCCUGCUUUAAAUUAAUUGAAAAUCAAAUAAUUAAUAUUUAUAUUGAGUAUAAAUUUAGAUGAGAUUUCCAUUGAAAUGAAAUAAUUGAUAACUGAUUAAUUGUUAUAAACUAAAGAAACUAAAAAUGAAAAAGGAUUAAAUGAUUAAUUUAUUAAUGCAAUAAAUAAUCCUUUCAAUAUUGAAAAGCUGCAAUUAUUUAAAAUAAUUAAUGAAGAUAUAUUAAAUAUAGAAAUUCGAAACACAUUAAAGUUCAAUUCUUUAUCAGAAUCAAAAUGGGUUCAAUUAAAAAAUUAUAGUGAAAAUUGCAAAUUAGGGUCGAAAUUAAUCUUAAGAACAUAUAAAAUUUAUAGACAAAAAAGAACUUACUUCUGUGCCAUAAAAAGGUUUUUAUACGAAGAAUACCAUUUUUCUAGCUAUUUUAAAGUAUCUUUAUUUAUUAAUGUUAUUAAUGUUUGUAUAAAAAUUAGAAGUAAGUUACUUUUCAUAUUCUACUAAUAAAAGAUUCAAAAACCUGACCUCAUUUUUAAAUUCAUAUAUUAAUUCAAAUAAUUAUAAGAGAUUGAAAAAUAAUUAGAUAUAUAGCAAGAUUAUUUUAAAUCUAAGAAACUUUCAAAAUAUGAAUUAAUAGGACUUUAUAAUAAUUAUAUGGAAAAAUGCCAAUAAAUCAUAAGAGACAAUUUAAUGAUUAGUCAAAGUUCCUUUUAUUUAGAUUUGGAUAAUUUAGAUUAAAUAAUACAUAAAUUUAAAAUUGAAGAUAUGAUCUCAGAAAAAUAAGAAUAAAAAACUGAUAAUGAUUUAUAAUAAUGA